AUGGAACAGCAGCAACUCUCAACUACUAAGCGCAAACAACCACCGUCUUCGCCGCCGAGCCGGCCCUCAAAACAGGCGCGAAGGCCGUCUCGCGCUGUAGACGACGACUACACCGACGGCAACCAGCCGUAUCCGAAUAGUAUCCUGGCUUCCACCAAUGGCGCGCUUAACGGCAACCAUCACGGAGAGCCGUCUGAGGACUUCGAUGAGGAAGAGGCCGGCAGUAUCAUCCAUGGAGCAGCAACCGCUGACACGGCAGAGUGGCAGGCUACCAUCGAAAAGGUCGUGCGCAACGUGGUGAGCAUCCACUUCUGCCAGACCUGCGCUUUCGAUACAGAUUCAGCCAUCUCCAGCGAAGCGACUGGCUUCGUCGUUGAUGCUGAGCGUGGCUACAUCCUCACCAAUCGCCACGUUGUCGGCGCAGGACCCUUCUGGGGUUACUGCAUCUUUGACAACCAUGAGGAGUGCGACGUCUACCCUGUUUACCGCGAUCCGGUCCAUGACUUUGGCAUUCUGCGCUUCGACCCGAAGAAGAUCAAGUACAUGCCAUUAGCCGCGCUGGAGUUGCGACCCGAUCUGGCCAAGGUUGGGGUGGAGAUCAGAGUUGUGGGUAACGAUGCAGGCGAAAAGCUGAGCAUCCUGUCUGGCGUAAUCUCGCGCUUAGACCGCAACGCACCGGAAUAUGGCGAAGGUUACUGCGACUUCAACACGAACUACAUACAAGCGGCCGCUGCAGCAUCCGGAGGCUCGUCUGGCUCACCAGUUGUUAACAUUGACGGUUAUGCUGUGGCGUUGCAGGCUGGUGGACGGGCCGAUGGCGCAGCCACAGACUACUUUCUGCCCCUUGAUAGGCCGAGACGAGCUUUGGAAUGCAUAAGAGAAGGCAAGCAUGUCGACCGAGGCACGAUACAAACGCAAUGGGUCAUCAAGGCGUUCGACGAGUGCAGGAGGCUUGGCUUAGCUGCUGAAUGGGAGGACAAAAUACGCGCCAAGUUCCCUAAAGAGACUGGCAUGCUCGUCGCAGAGGUUGUGCUGCCCAAAGGCCCGGCGCAUCAGAUGUUGGAGGAGGGUGACGUGCUCAUCCAAGUGAAUGGCGAGCUGCUGACGCAGUUCGUUCGUCUGGACGAGAUUCUUGACUCUAGCGUCGGGAAGACGGUGAAGCUCCUGGUUCAGCGAGGUGGCGCGGAUGUCACAGUCGAAUUGGACGUCGGCGACUUGCACGCCAUCACGCCGGAUCGAUUCGUGUCUGUUGCUGGCUCCGCUUUCCACGACCUAUCGUACCAACAAGCUCGUCUCUACGCCGUCGCACUGAAGGGUAACGGCGUGUACUGUUGCGAGGCGUCAGGCUCUUUCCCUGUCGACAUGGCUGGCUCUGGAUGGCUGGUACAGACCGUAGACAACAAGCCUACACCAGAUCUUGACACGUUCAUCGAGGUUAUGAAAGGCAUUCCCGACCGCAGCCGGAUCGUCAUUACGCACAAGCAUCUCCGCGACAUGCACACAUUGAACACCCAAGUCAUGCACGUUGACCGGCACUGGCACAAGCAUAUGCGUCUCGUUGUGCGUAACGACAAGACCGGUCUCUGGGACUUCACAGACCUGAGCGAGCCGUUACCCCCCAAGGCGGAAGUGCCAAGAAAGGCCAACUUCGUCACCAUGGCAGGCUCGAAACAUCCACAAGCUGUUGACAUUAUUCGCUCGUUCGUACAGAUCCGAGCUUCGAUGCCGCUGAAGCUUGACGGCUUCUCUAAGUCUCGCAGAACUGGUUUCGGCCUUGUGGUUGACGCUGAGCAGGGCUUGGUUAUUGUUAGUCGAGCAUUUGUCCCGUACGAUAUGUGCGACAUCACUGUUACGAUCGCGGAUUCGAUUAUCGUGGAUGGCAAGAUCGUGUUCAUGCACCCGCUGCAGAACUACGCCAUAAUCAAGUACGAUCCAAGCCUGGUUAAUGCGCCUGUGAAGAGUGCGAAACUGGCGAAGCAGCCCAUCAAGCAAGGCGAAAGCACCAUAUUCUUUGGCUUUAACGGCAAUCACAGACCUGUGGUAGCUAGUACUACCGUCACGGACAUCACCAGCGUGAGCAUACCGGCGAGCGGGACGGCACCUCGAUAUCGAGCGCUGAACCUGGAUGCUAUCCUCGUUGACACAUCGCUCAGCAGCGUGUGCGGAACUGGCGUUCUCGUCGCCGAAGAUGGUACGGUCCAGGCCCUCUUCUUGACAUACCUGGGCGAGCGCGAUGGUCACAGUGGUAGGGAUACGGAGUACAAGCUUGGCUUCGCCACACCAUCUUUGCUUCCAGUCGUCGAAGCGAUCAGAAGCGGGAGGCAACCUGACCUUCGCAUCCUUAACAUAGAAACACAGUUCGUGCACAUGAGCCAAUGCCGCAUCAUGGGCGUGCCAGAAGCCUGGAUCGAGCGCGUUGAAAACGAGGAUCCAGAACGCCAUCAGCUCUUCAUGGUGCACAAGGUAGACGCUGGCAGCGAGAGCGGCCUCCAAGAGGGCGACGUCAUCCUCACGAUUAACGACCGCCUAAUAACGAAGGUGUCGGACUUCGACGUAAUGUAUGACCACCAUGCGCUCACCGUGCGCAUCGUGCGGAAACAGGAGGAGAUGACACUUGAGGUACCAACCGUCUCAACCAGCGAACUAGGCACUACUCGCGUCGUUGUCUUCUGUGGCGCCACUCUACACGCACCCCACCACGCCGUCCGGCAACAGAUCAGUAAAGUGCAUAGUGAGAUAUACGUCUCCGCCCGAUACGGAGGCUCACCGGCUUAUAUGUACGGUCUCGCACCGACGAACUUCUUGCUCGCUGUCAAUGCCGUGCCAACGCCGGAUCUGGAGUCCUUCCUGCGUGAAGUGAACAAGAUUCCGGACAACACAUAUUUCAGGAUCAAGGUCAUGACGUUCGACAACGUCCCAUGGGUAGCCACAAUGAAGAAGUGUGAACACUACUUCCCCACAACCGAAUUUGUGAAGGAUACAAGCGUGAGAGAGGGCUGGAGGAGAGUGAUGUACGAAGGCGAUGGGAACGGGGUAAUGGAGGAGUGA